GGUCACUAUAAAUUGGAAAUGACUUGAAGGCACACACAAGGCAAUAGAUUUUUCUUGGCAAGUUUCUUCUGAGUGGGUUUGCCACUGUCAUCCUCUGAGGCUGAGAGAGUGUGACUUGCCCAACGAUGACUGUGAAGACAGCACCACAAAAUGUCAAGUUUUCUAAAUAGCUCCUAGGUUGAGUUUGUUUGGAUCGAUGAAGAAGACAAAUACAGUACUGUAAUAGUGACCACAUAAUCUGAGAAACAAACUGCCUCCACAAGUAAAUAGUGUUGCUAUUAAAGAAUCCUGUUUGACACAACUUUACUACUCACAUUGUGGCAUUUUGCACUUUCAAGUUGUUUGCGGUUUAUGACAACCCUAAAGCGAUCCUAUCAUAGUAUUUUCUAUGGCUGAGAGUAUGUGAUGUGUCUAAAGUCACCCAAUGGGUUUAUAUGGCAGAACAGGGAGGGAAUCAAACCCUGAUCUCCAGAUUUGUAGUUCAGCACUCAGAGCACUACACCAAACUGGUUCUCGCUCAUGUUGUAGUAAAAAGCAUAAAGCUUGGCACAGAUGUAUGUUCCUCUUUACCUGAAGUCUUGAAACCUGACCUCCUUUGAGAGUGAGAACCACUUUGAAUAAUUUCAUAUGGAAGUGAAAAAUAAAAUGAGGAACUCAUGAUGUAAAUAUACUAACAGUUGUAAUAAAAAAUAGAAUAGCACAUGUUUUUGGCUUUUGUGUGAGUGCUUAUAGUAGUUUCAUAAACAACAUUGUAAGGUACAUGGAUGAAACCAUACCUAGGAGCAAUUUCCUGAAUAUGUUUUUGUUGAUCCUUAGUGUAUCAGUUCAUCAUUAUAAUACUCCAUCUCUGAAAGAGUAAUCUGGUGUGUUUCCACUGGAUUACUCUCUAUUUCUAAAGCAGGUGUGGGAGAAUCUUGUCAUCUUCCAGUGCUAUUUGACUUCAGGUCCACGAGCCCAACAACAUUUGGAGGGAUGCAUAAUCCCCAUCCCUGAAGUAAAACCUAAAUCCAUCAUCAUGCAAGAGGCUGAUUACUGAUACAGUAGGACUCCAUUGCAUCCCCACAGUGAGCAACUAUCACAUUAUAGCACAAUUUACUGCUCCAUAAUUAAAUGGUAUCCAAAGUAUAUAAUAAACUCAGGAUGUCGGAGUGGCAUUUAAGAAUUGUUCAGAUAAAAAGUUAUGGGGUGAUAAUAAUAAUUACCAAAAAAACAGACAAUUUAAUUAAGUGAUAAAUUUGGACAGUGUUGCCUUUGAGGCUAAUAAUAACACAAUUUUCUAAAUACCGUACUAGCUUUAUCCAGGUGUUGUUGCUGAACACCUAACAGGCACAGACAACUCAAGACCAUAUCUAGAGAGGGGAUCAGUGGUAAGAGUUGUAUUGAGGCUGCAUAUAGUGCUCAAAUGAUUCAUGUCUAUGUAUUUCACAGUCUGUGGAGGAAAAAUAAAGGGCCUGGUUUCAGAAGAUUAUGUCCGAAGAUCCAGAUAAGGACAAACAGCAUGUAGAACAAUUAACCAGUGAUGAUUACAACUCGGAUGAGGAUCCCUUUAAUCCAUUUUUAACAGAAGAUCUUGAGCCAUGUGCAUUUUUAACAGAUUCUUUUUGUGAUCAACUUUUCCCACGGACCACACAGAUUUUGUUGGAAUAUAACUCAGGGAAGUGGGUGCCACGGCUUCGUGAGCCACGUGAUUUAUAUGGCUUAUCUCCAGCAGGACACCUGAAUAUAAUACGCUGGCCUAAUCAGUAUGAAGUUAUCAGAGAUAGAAUUGAGCAUAUUGAGUGGGAUCCACCUCAUCCAGAGCCACUAUAUUGUCCAACUGGCCUGGAGACAGAGCCACCUUUCUCAGAACCUGGAGAGGGUACUGUGGUGUAUCUAGCAGAAGAAGCUAAUAAAGAUUCCAGCUUUGUGUAUUCUCGAAUAGGAGGGACCUGUCCUUCCAAACAGGUGCUUCCUCAAUCCUGGGAAGACUGGGACAAUACUUUGAUUUUUGAAGGACGAUUUGAAAGUGGGAAUCUGCAGAAGGUGGUCAAAAUUAGUGAUUUUGAGUAUGAGCUGACACUACGUACUGAUCUCUACACAAAAAGACACACUCAGUGGUAUUACUUCCAGGUCACUAACACCCAAGCAGGAAUGCCUUAUCGUUUCACUAUUGUCAACUUCACCAAGCCAGCAAGCUUGUACAAUCGUGGGAUGCGUCCAUUACUGUAUUCAGAAACAGAAGCGAAGAUACAUAAGGUGGGCUGGCAGAGGACAGGAAAUGAAAUCAAAUAUUACAAAAACAAUCUCAGCCAAGAUGGACGCCAGUAUUUUUCCCUGACAUGGACAUUCCAGUUCCCACAUGACAGGGACACCUGCUAUUUUGCCCACUGCUAUCCUUACACAUACAGCAAAUUGCAAGACUACCUGUCAGACAUUGCAAGAGACCCAAGUCGGUCGAAGUUCUGCAAGAUCCGCAUUUUGUGUCAUUCCUUGGCUAGAAAUAUAGUCUAUGUCUUAACCAUCACCAACCCCUUGCAGGAUUGCAAGGAGGAAAAACGCAAAGCAGCCAUUAUUUUGACGGCUAGGGUGCACCCAGGUGAAACUAACAGUUCCUGGAUGAUGAAAGGCUUUUUGGAUUACAUUUUGGGAGAUUCAAGUAAUGCCCAGUUGCUCCGAGACACAUUUAUUUUUAAGGUGGUGCCAAUGUUGAAUCCAGAUGGUGUGAUUGUGGGCAAUUACCGCUGUUCUUUAGCGGGCAGGGAUUUAAAUCGGAAUUAUAAAUCAGAUCUCAAGGAAUCCUUCCCUUCUGUAUGGUACACCCGCACCAUGAUCAAAAGAAUGAUGGAAGAACGCAGCGUUCUCCUAUAUUGUGACCUUCAUGGUCAUAGCAGGAAAGAGAAUGUCUUCAUGUAUGGCUGUGAAAAAAGAGAUCAGCAAGAAGAAGGAUCAUGCUUACACCAGCGCAUUUUUCCUUUUAUUAUGAGCAAAAACUGCCCAGAUAAAUUCUCAUUUCCAGACUGCAGUUUCAAAAUACAAAAAGGCAAAGAAGGAACAGGCCGAGUAGUUAUGUGGAAGAUGGGAAUCAGCAACAGCUAUACCUUGGAAGUUACUUUUUGCGGAUCUAAACUGGGUAAUAGACAUGGUACCCACUUCAGUACUAAGGAUCUGGAAUCCAUAGGUUACCAUUUCUGUGAUUCACUGUUGGACUUCUGUAAUCAAAAGAAAGACAAGUAUAAUGAAUGCCUGAAGGAACUGGAAGAAAUGGUGAAACGGGAUGAUCAUAUUGCUUCUCUCAAUGACACAGUAGACAAAGAUUCCAGCUCAGAUAGCUCAGAUUACAAUGAAACUGCUAUUAAAGUAGACUCCCAGGCAAAGCUAAAAAAGAAGUGUCUGAAAACAAAGAAGCAAAGGACUUCCUUUCUUGAAUCAUCUGCAAGAAGAAUGCCUAAACAGUCCCAUGAACCAAUGCCUUCACCCAGACAGCCACGGCCAGCUCCAGUAGGAAAGGGUCUCUGUUUGUUUAAAUGCAAUUAAUCACCCAGGACUCUUUCUGCUUGGUGCACGAGAAAAGAAACUAUCUUCUUACCACAUGGGGUAAUCUGAAAGAGCUGCCAUCACAUUACCAUAGUGACCCGUAAAUAAGUUAACCUGGGAUUGGGGGUCAAUUUGGGGGCAUACAUUUUUAGAUUUAUAGAUGAGUAUAUAUGGUAGAUCUUGAGGGUUCUAUAGCAAUAGGUUGAGUUAAUUUUUAAACUUUUAUUCCCUCUUAACUAUGAGAGAAUCAAUCUUAAAUCUACAACUAAAAUCUAUUACUUUAAAUCUAUCUUAACUGCUGUUUUAAAAUUAA